CAAGUCAAACAAUCACGUGUACUAAAUCCAAAGAAAUCUUCCUCGGCGGUGAGAGAUACGAGAUAUGAAACUAUCGAUAUUGUUUUUACCGUUAGCAUAAAUUUUAAUUCCUUCGUAUGGGAACAGCGGGGAAUUAAUGAAUUCGUUCUCAGAUACAUCUCGGAAUAUAUAUUUAACACACCCGUGCCUCUCGGUUUCUCGAUUUAACAUUGCGCCUCGGCCUGCAGUGAAUUUUUUACUCGCACGCCCGUCGCUCUCUCUUCGUGUUUCAAGGCGAACGAGGGAAUCAUCGCGAGCGGAGCUAACAAAUCGGCGCUUUUUUUCUUCACCGCCGCGAAAAAACGAGGAGACGCCGUCCGCGGUCGGGCGACCGCGAAUUUUCACCUUUUGGCGCAACCGCCGCAGAAGUGGGCGUGCGGGCGGCAGUUGCGACUUCCUGCCUGUCGCGAUGAUGAUCGUCGCGGAUGAUGCUUAAGCCACGCGUGUGCGUGAGCGUCGUGUACGUGUGCGGUGAUACACACACGAGAGCCUCGCUCGCUCGCUCGUUCGCGAGUUGCCGCCGAAUGCGAGGCGUGGAUAUGAAUGAAACGAGCGCGAACGCACGCACGCACUCACACGCCGGGGAACAAAACCAGUACAAUGCGACGGUGGUCGCAUAAUGGGCCCCAUCUUACCGGGACCCGAUGUAGUUACAGGUCAAUCAACUCAAAUCCGAAGAGCGUAGCGCGAAAUCGACUGUUCGAAAUCGCGCGACGAGCCGCGACAAUCGCGCGAAAGGAACUUCCGUCGUGCCGGGAAUAUCGUCUCCCAAAUUUACUCCUUUGUCUUUUAGCGAGAAUAAUAUUAUUUUUUUAAUGUGUGUGUGUGUGUAUACAUUAUUCCGUGAUUAAAUUAAAGAUUGUAACUAUAAUCGAGUUAUAUAAAAUGAGUAGAAAUCACGACGAAAUGGAUGUUAACAGUUAAAUUGAGCGCCGUGGAUCACAUGUGAGCGGUUUAAUUAAAUGUGCGUUGAUUAAAUAGAAUCAAGCGGAUCAGAGAUGCGAGAAAUGAAGGCGAGUCGGGAUUAAAGGAAACACGGGGCAUCGUUCAAGGCUGCAUGUACAGUGUGCAUGCAUUAGCGCAUCGGGCACGCGAGCACUCGAGUGCACCUGCGACGCGGCGGAGGUCCUCGCGAGCUCUGGUAUCCCAGUUUUCAGUCCGCUCGGGAAGCGCGCGAGCGCCGGUUUCUCCGUUGCGAAACGCUCGUAGUCGAGAGUAAUCCUCUCUUGCGCAUUCUCCGUCGCUCCGCUGCACAAUGUUAUCGCGUUGAAAUUUCUCGCUAAUUAUCCCACGUACGUUGUCCAUGUUCAUCGGUCGACUCUGAAAUUCGCGUUUCGACGGUUCCGCGACAAUUUCAGCGAAACGCUCAACUUCGUCCUUCACGCUGAGUUGUCCGGACACACCGAUUUCGAGCGCUUUGAUGAUAAUUCGUUGCUAUUUGGUGCCGCUCGUGUGAUGUCACUUUCGAUGUGACGCGCGAGAUAGAAGCGCUAUUGGCGAGAUUUCGGGGCGGGAAAGUUUCGAGAGAUUGGUUUUUCCGGCUGGUGAAGCGCGACGGAACAUGACGGGCGUGUUGUAUCCCGAAGGUUUCAAUACCAUUCCGCAGGACGACAGAAGCUGUCGCAGCGAUGACUCCGGCGGCGAGGUCUUCAGGAACAUCCCGAAGAACAGCAGCACCUUCCGCGUCUGGAAGAUCGAGGGUCUACGAGCAACAGCCGUACCCGGCAGCAACAUGGGCUUCUUUUUCACCGAAUCGGCGUACAUCGUCUACGCCGUGUCAGCGAAGGACGGUGCUCUUCCUUGCCCGGGAAUGCCGAUCAAGGAUUUGAAGGGUAGCGCUGUGGUACGCGCUAUCCACUUCUGGAUCGGCUCGAGCUGCGACUCGACGGCGUCCGGCGCCGCGGCGCUCCGCGCCGCCGAGCUCGACUCACAGGUGUCGGCGACGAUUCUGAUGAGGGAAGCGCAGGGUCGCGAGAGUCCCAGAUUCCUCGCCUACUUCCGUCAACGCCUGAUCGUCGAGAACCUGCACUUCGAGACGCCCGUCUGCACUCUCCAUCGGGUCUCCGGUGUAGUCGUGCCGAUCUUGACCGAGCUGGAGAGGGUGCACUGGGAGCACUUCAGCUCCAGAGACGUUAUCCUGGUUGACGUUCGGGCAAAGGGAGUCGUCUUCCUGUGGCUUGGUUCUCUGUCGGAACCGCUGCACAAGCGGCACGCGGCCAGCCUGCUGGAGUCCCGGAAGGAGAACAACAACGGCCAACGCGUGGUGGUGGUCGAAGACGGCUACGAGCAGACGCUGCCCGGCAACGACAGGGAGCUCUUCAGCAGCGUGCUGGAGCCGUCAGCGAGGGUGGUGGCGCCCGAUCGUCAGCAUCGCGUGAACCCGCCCAGCCCCAUCAAGCUCUACCGAUGCAGCGAGCAAUCAGGCAAAUACAAGGUCGCCGAGCUCAAGUCCGGGCCUGUGCUGCGCAGCGACCUGACUUCCGGUUCCGUCUAUCUGGUCGACCGCGGCGAGGCCGGAGUCUGGGCGUGGGUGGGUCGCGAUGUGAACGCUCGCGAGAGUCUGGAGGCGGUGAGAAACGCUCGUGGCUUCGUCAAGAAGAAGAAUUACAGCGACGGCAUGCCGGUGGCCAGAGCGACCGAGGCUCAUGAGCCGGCGGAGAUGAAGGCGUUGCUGAGGGGCUGGGAGUCUUCCAAGACGAGGCCGUUGACCUUGCCGGCCAGUUUCGAGCCUGACUACAUGAACGAGCGGCCCAGGAUGGCGGCGGAAUGCCAAUUGGUGGACGACGGCUCCGGGGAGAGGAGUCUGUGGCGGGUGGAGCAGAAGGAAGGCAUGGUCGACGUGGACGACAGGGGCAUCUACUACGCGGAGGCCUGCUACGUGAUGCUGUACAAGUACGGGCAAGGACGCAGGUGCCGCAGCAUCAUUUACUGCUGGGAAGGCGUCCACUCCGUCAAGGUGGAUCGAGACGCCGCCAUGACGGCGGCCUGCCGCUUGUCCGAAGAGACGAACGCGCAGCUGGUGAAGGCCUCCCAAGGCAGGGAGCCGCCUCACCUCCUGCAGAUCUACGAUGGAAAGCUGAAGAUACUCGCUGGACGUCAUCGCGACUCACCGCCGAAGAAGUACCUGGUCCGAGUGUUCGGAUCGACGCCGUACACCUCGAAGGCGGUGGAACGCCCGCUGCGAGCCAGCAGCUUGGACUCCAGUGCGGUAUUUAUCCUCUUCUCCAGCGCGCCGAUUGUCUGGUGCGGUGGCAAGAGCACUGGCGACGCCAGGCAGGCGUCGCGACGCCUCGCGCCCAGGAACGCGCCUCUUGUCGCCGAGGGCAAGGAGAGCGACGACUUCUGGGUCGAACUCGGAGGAAGGGGCACUUACAGCACGGAGACCGAGGAGGUUGGCGAGGAGCUGGACAAGCAUCUGUUUCAAUGCCGAACCGAGAACGGCCUCUUCGUGGGCGAGGAGGUGCUCGGAUUCCGACAGAACUCCCUGAUACCGGAAGCCGUCUGGCUGCUGGACGCCGGCAGCGUGAUCUGGGUGUGGGUUGGCAAGUUUUCCAGCCCGCGGACGCUGCAGGAGUGCGUCGAGGACGCCACGGUGUAUCUCUACACACAUCCCGCGGGUCGAAAUCGCAACACGACGAUUUCUAUAAUCAAGCAAGGUACGGAGCCGGCCACGUUCAUCGGGCUCUUCGACAACUGGAAUCACAAUCUACUGAGAGAUUACAAAUCUUUCGAAACCUUCUGCGCCCUGCUGGACGACAAGGAACAGCCGACGAGGACGCAAACUGUCGCUAAAGCAACCACGGAUUUCGACAACUACGUCAAGUACCCGCUGGCGGUGCUGAAGAGCGAACCGGAGAACCUGCCGGCUGGUGUCGACGUGCGGCGCAAGGAGAUGCACCUUACCUUCGACAACUUCAUCGCGAUCUUCAAAAUGGAGCCCACAGAAUUCGAGAAGCUGCCGGCCUGGAAGAGGCAACGGCUCAAGCAAGCCGCUGGGCUCUUCUAAUGAUUUAAAUUCACGCACUUCGCCGAGAAUAUUACAAACUUUCUGUCGCUUCUGGAAAAUUGUCGAUAUGUUCUCCUCUUCGGGUGUGGCUUG